AUGGCAGGUGAAACUGCAGAAAAGAAGUGGAACACAGACUCUACACUUGAGUGCCCACAGUGCCACGAGAUCGUAACCGUUGGCUUCGGCGGCGAGGAGAACCUAAAGAUUCACAAGAAGUCGAAUAAAUGCAAGGCGACGAUUGCAAAGCGUGCCGCCGAAGAAGAGAAGAAGAAGCCACGCACUGGCAAAGGCACGCUCUUCAGUCUGGGGAUACAAAAGCUUGUCGGCACCGCGAAGAGCAAGUCAGUUCCUCGCAAGAAGCAGGCUGGAGUAUUGCACUCACCUUCCACACCCCUUCGACCGGCAAUGCCCACUCUCACAUCGGCCGGCCCAAGUUCCUAUAAAACAGUAUUGUAA